AUGGCAUUACACACAUUUGAUGUCAUCGAUGAUAUUCGCCAAGCCCUUGCCCUCACUGCUGUCGCCGUCGCUGUUGUUGCUCAGCAGAUUGACGAGGAGGCAGUUGUUAUCACCAAAGACUCCGUGACUGCCCCCGCCCCCAUUGCUUCUAUCACCGAGGGUUCCACUGUCGAGUCUACUGAGGAGUCCACUGUCGAGUCCACUUCCUCUUCAUCGGAGGACGUCGGUGAGAUCGGUGGUGAGCCCGUUGUCAUCACCAACAGCACCCCCGUCCCCAAGCCCUCGGGUAACGCCAGCGCCUCCGAGCUCGACACCCUCGCUGAUGAGGAGUCUGAGUCCGCGCCCGCCUCCAAGUCGGGCUCCAAGAACUCCAGCCACAGCGCCCAUGACUCCUCGUCCAGCGGUGCCGCCAAGGUUGUUGCCUCUGCCGCUGCUGUUAAAGUGUAUUGA